CGGCGGCGGCGGCCGGAGCGGACGCGCAGGAGGCCGCGCCGGGGCCCUCGGGGCUCGCCGAGCUGACGGGACGGACGAUGGGCGCGCGCGCCGGGCCCCCUCCGCAGCUGUCCGCGCUGCUGCCGCUGCUGCUGCUGCUGCUCGAGCUGCUGGGGCCAGGCGCGCAGGCUGCGCGGGGUCGCGGCGCCGACAAGCAGAACACGUUCCGCCGGGCGGCCAGCGGCGUCUACCAGAGCGUGAGCAGCCUGUGCGGGGAGGACAACGUGCGAGCCGUGCAGAAGUUUUUCUCCAGGUCAACCGAGAGAUUUGUAAAUGGAGUAGAUAUCUUAGUGGAGACACUGUGGAGACUCUGGACCGAUCUUCUGGAUGUUCUCGGAAUCGACGCCUCGAACCUGACGCAUUAUUUUAGCCCCGCAGCCGUGGCUAACAACCCCACUCGAGCUCUGUUGUUGGUCGGUGCCGUCCUCCUGGCCUACUGGUUCUUGUCUCUCUUCCUGGGAUUUCUCUUCUAUCUCUUGCACGUCCUGUUUGGUCGCUUCUUCUGGGUUGUGAGGGUCACCCUGUUUGCCCUCUCCUGUGUAUACAUCCUGCAGAAGUAUGAAGGAGAGCCUGAACAGGCGGUCCUGCCCCUCUGCUUAGUGGUUGCCAUUUACUUUAUGACGGGCCCUGUGGGCUUCUACUGGAGGAGCGGCGGCACCGGCGGUGGCAGCGGCGGCUCCAACCUCAGCAUGGGCAGCCACAGCCUGGAGGAGAAGAUUGACCAUCUUGAUAGCCAGAUCAGACUACUCAACAUCCGCCUCUCCCGGGUGCUCGAAGGCAUCGAUCGCGACAGUGACAAAUGAGACAAGCCAGGUUAAUCACCUUUCACCAGCUCUUGGAAAAUCAAAAAGCACUAUCUUACUAAAAGUUACAAAGCAACAAAACAGCACAUUGUGAGGUUAUUGGACCACAUUACAACUUUAGGUUGAGAAGAAUUUUAAAAUAACUUAUGUAGAACACUGAGACACCCUGAGAACCAUUAGUUGUGUAAAAAAAAUAUUUUUUCAAACGAUAAAACCCACAUUAGCUGUAUACGAAAAAAUUUAUCCAUGCAUAGAGCAUACAAUUACUUUUUUCAAGUGUUUAAAGACAUAUUUUGUAAGGUUUUUAUAAAGGCAGAUCAAGUCAAGUCUAUUAAAACUUUAAAGUGAGGAGAAGAUUAUGUGAAUUUGGCAUUUUAGAGAAGCUUAAUCUCAAGCAUUUGUUUUCACAGCUCUAAAAAGACACUGUGGGUUCACAUGUGAGGUGUUUCCAUUUUCACAAGUUGUAAGCUUUGGGGGAGGGGGCCCACAGUUGGGUUAUCAGGUGUCAGUUGCUGUAUGAACAUAUAGAAAACUAAUUAUUAGAAUUGUCAUUGCCCCAUUCAGGUCUCCUUUUUAAAAAUUUUUUAUUUUCUCAAGUCUCCUUUAAAUGAAGAAUUCAUUUUUGCAAACAGACCUGAGAUUUGCUCUGUAUUUUGUCAUACUUGAAACUGGGGAUUUUCCUCCAAAGGGUUUUAGAAAGUGAAAAUCCAAGAGAAUCAGAGAAAUGUUUUGGAGCUUGGAGUCUGAAGUUUGGUAGCGAGGUGGCGGUCACAUUGACACUCUCAACAGGCAGGUCUUGGUUUGAUAACCUUCUUUUAAGGGCUGCCUUGUUAGGAAGCUUUGGGUUGACUUGGACCCAAAUAAGGCCUCUGAAAGGAAAAAAAAAGCCCAGCAAGUAACACAACUUGCAAGUUAUUUAAGCAUCCCUCAGGACCACUGGGCAGCAAUAAGCGCUCUUCAGGUUUUAUUCUUAACAUUUUAAUAGUAGAAUCUCUAGGUGCUUUUUGCCUGAAGUCUAUGGUGUCCUCAUUUCCGGUGAUCCUUGGAGAAGUUACCUAUGAUUGGAAUCAUAGGAGGAUUUGAGGGAGCUUUGUUUGGUGGGGGAGUCAGUAACAUGCUCUGGUUUGCUAAUUGGUACAUCCCAGGUUUAUGACUGCUAUCAGCUUGAGUGAAAUCUGUGGAGCAAAAGACAAAACCUCAGGGAAGUGUGCACAGGAGCUCCUCCUGAUCUUGGGGGAUGGUGGAUGUUUCCACAGGUACCCUAAGAUGCUGAUUGUUUCCCUACUGAUUUCCUCCCUGACCACCAGGGUGCUCAGUUUCCCUAUCAACCACUAAGUGGAAAUCUGACUGGGGUGGGGGCAGGGGUGAGGGUAACUGGUAGAAGCAGGUACCUGUCCAGAGCAGUAGUCAUGAUUUGGAGAACCCAGAAUUUAACAACCUCAUGUGAUCCUUACUGGGAUUUUUUUUUCUUUGCAAGCAUUUGGAAAAACAAUUUUUGAGAAUUUUAUGAAACUGCUAUUUUUAAGUUGCACAUAAUGCAACACAAGGCUGCUUUGAUUGGCUUCCUGUCAAUUCAGGAAGUGUUAAUUUAGAUUCAGUUCAGUUGAUCUUUGUGGGUAUUGGUGGAAACACAUAUUUUCUGGAUUGAAAUGGUUCCAGUCGUGUUACUCAAGUCCUGCUAGCUCAUGUCUUUUUAGCACCUCUGGGAGCUGGGCUCAGGGGAAAGGGAAGUCAUUCUCAUUCUUGCUUAGGUUCCAGGACCCCUCUCCAAAUUACUUUUUGGAAUUAUUGUUGAUUCUGUACAUACUUAACUGCUUUUCAGUUUCCUCCCUAUCCUAGACCACGUGGAUGUGCUGUGUCAUUUACAAAAUGUCUUGAGUUUUAAGUCACUCUUUUUAUUGGUUAGUUUGUGUGCUUUAAUUUUUUUCCUGGAGUGAAAUCAGUUCCUUAUUCUUCAUUUUUCCAAAGUUGUAAAACCCAUGAGAGGUAUCUUGCUGGACAAAGAACAAGACUAGGGAAGUAAAAGAAGUUGACUUUUUAGUAAAUUCAAAGGACACAGGGAGGAAGGGGUGUGUGUGUGUGUGUGUGUGUGUGUGUGUGUGUGUGUAAACAUACAUACAUGGAAACAAGCAUGUCUGUGUGUGAGAGAAAAUGUGUGUGUUUGUGUAUGUGUACACGUACAUACAUGGGAACAGCCAUGUCUGUGUGUGAGCAAAAAUGCCCUGAAAAUGGAGCCCAGGGCUAGAAACCAUAAGUCUGUAACAGGCACCAUUCCUCUGAGUAGCGAGAAGCAUGAGAUUCAUGCCUGAUUUUUCUAUGGAAGUGUAUCUGUGUAUAAUUUUAUACUGUGUAAUAUACAGGUAGGGAGAUGCCUCUCUUUUUAAAUGAAGAAUCUUCAACUGGCGAUAACAUUCUUAAAGGGUUACCGAUGUUUUAAAACCGAUCAGAAUUCUGGAUGCCAAUGACAGAAACUUUCACGUUGAAGAUACUACAUACAAACCUUUGACAUGUGGCCCAGGCUUGUUUUCAUCUACUAGGGGGCUUUUGUAGAGAAGAUCUCCAGCGGGAUGAAAACUGAUAUAAUACAGCCACUCCCCUUUGCCCCUUGCAUCCAACCUUUUCUUUUGAGCUCACCCUUUUGUAUGUGGAAAAAUAUAUUUUUGUACCAUGUGUCUCAUACCUUGAACAACAUUUUGUAUAUCUUAAAUGCCGUAGGAUAAUAAUACAGAACAAUACUACUCAUGACAGGUUCUAAUGACUAAUAUGAUGCUAUUAUAAGUAGAAACUGACCACAUAAAAUUUAUCAGUAUUAAUUUCCCCACUGUAUCAAUAUCAUGAUGGCUGUUUACUAAGGGUAGUAAUUUUAAACAAGAUAAAUGCAAACUGUUCAUAUUGAUAGAAUCUUUAAGUUGCCGUUUCAAUGUUUGGGAGAAAUUUUUUUCAUCAGUGCAAAUUUUGGCUUGUCCCAUUGUAUGCACAGUGAUGUCUUAGUGCAUCCCCUUAAUAUGUUGAAAUAUAUUUUUCCAUACAAAGUUCUGUUGCUGUCUCUCCCCCCUUUCCUCCUCCAUCUCCCACCUUAUUUCUGCUUUAGGUUCCAGCUCCAGUCCCAUUGAUGUGAUUGGGGAGUAGUAAACCUGCCUUCUUGCAACAGGAUUUCCUGAAUGCCAGCUUUGCCUUGCCCCCGGAACGGUCAGGGGUAAUCUUUAAUUGCUUCAUUUCUGCUCAGUCUGACACUCCCCUGCCUCCCCCCCACCCCAACUCCCUACCCCUACUUAAACAGACCUUGAGAAAAAGGAUAUCUCUCUUUCUGGUUCAUACUUGUUGGUAGAUUUUGAAACUGGCUGAUCUAACUAUAAAUUCAGCUGUCAUCUUACAAAGUGUUAGGGUUAAAAGCUUAAGAUGUCAAAACUCCUAAGCUAUGGGUGUGCAUCGUAAUGCAUCACAGUUCUACAAAAAUACCUAGUUCUAGGGCAGUUUGUAAAUUUCAGAGCUCUGCCUCUUCUCUAUAGAUAAUGGAAUUCUUUCUCUUUUUCCGGAUGUGAUACAGUGCUUUUAAUUGGUAUUGGGUGUCAAUCAGUACGCUGUAUAGUAUCUGGUAUAAAUCAGCCUUGUUCCUGAAUAUUGCAUUCUUCUGACUGUUUUGCUAUUAAAUAAAUGCCUUGUCGAUGCCCCGUCCUGUGGAAUAUAAACUGGUACCAAUUUAGGCUUUUCGAUGGCUGUGUUUCUGACUGUGGUUCGCAUUCCAUACCAGUUCUCUAUAUUUGGCAGCUAAUGAAGUUAUUGACCAUACGUCUAAUGUCUAUUUUUAAAAAUAGAAAGGUUUUACUGUAAUGUCAACUUAAUUAACCGCAUGUGUUAAAUCUCUUGAAUCCAGUGUUUCAUUGAAUUCUUGUGAUGGUAAUGUUGAUUAGCACCCUUCCACACCCAAUGAAACAAUCAUCUUCGUUUGCCCUAUUCUCAACUGGAAAUUGUGUCUUUUGGUAUGACACCACUUGUCAGCACUGAUAUUAGUGAUUUCAUAUUGUUUCCUGCACCACAUUGCAGAUUUAGAUCGUAUUUAAGUUUAUAAAAGUUGUGGGAUUUUUGUGUUUUUGUUUUUGUUUUUCUUUCUGUAAAACAACUUGAUUUGUUGCUAGUGAUGUAAGACUCAAGGCAUGUGACCCUUGGGGAAUCAGGUCUACUGCUGUCAUUGUUGGGAAUCCUCAAUAUAUCAAACUUAUUUUUACAAAGGUAUAUAUACAUUCCUUUAUUUAUUAAAUGAUCACCAGAUUGAUGUUAAUGUAGUGAAAUAUUUGUAGGCUGAUUUCAGAACUGAAAUAAUAAGAUAUUGUGAAAAUUAAAGCUUAAUAAAUGUUUACCGUAAUUCUGUUGUAA